CGCUGAUCUUUGCGUAUCCGCGUGCAUUUUUAUGAGAAAGUUUUAUUAUAAUUGAAAUAAUUUAUAAAAAAAUGUAUGUUUUUAGUUCAUUUCAUUUUAUUAUAAUUAACUAGAUACUUCAAUUGUGACGGUAUCGAAUUUUCAUCGUAAUGGCGGACGCAGCGGCACGUCAGCUGCAGUACGAAUACAAAGCGAAUUCCAAUCUUGUACUGCAAGCUGAUGUCAGAUUAAUCGACCGUCGUAACAGAGAUGAAGCGACCGGCGAAGUACUCUCGUUGGUUGGUAAAAUCGAUGGCACCCGAAUGGGUGAUAAGUUUCAAAGAACGAAGCCGGUCAAGGCUGAAGAAAGAAAAGUGAAGCGAGAAAAACGUGACGAGUCACAGUAUGAUUUCGCCAAAAUGAAAGGAGCUUCGUUACUUUCGGACGGUGUCGAUGACAUGGUUGGCAUUAAAUACCGACCGAAAACACAAGCCACUCGGACCACUUACGAAUAUAUUUUAUCAUUGAUUCAAGAAGCCCUCGGAGAUGCGUCGCACGAAAUUUUAUGCGGUGCUGCCGACGAGGUGUUAGAAGUUUUGAAAAAUGAUCGAUACAAAGAUCGCGAGAAGAAAAUCCAAACCGAAGAUUUGCUCGGACCUUUGAGCGAAGAAAAGUUCUCGUUGUUUGUUAAUUUAUCGAAGAAAAUCACCGAUUUUGGAAACGAAGGCAAAACUCAAGUCACCGAGGAAACUACUGUCGAUGAAACGUAUGGAAUCAACGUACAGUUCGAAGAAAGCGAAGAAGAAGAUGACGAAGACGUCUACGGUGAAAUCAGAGAAGACGAUGAAAUGGAGGAAGAAGGCGAAGAAGCCAAACUUAGCACCGCCAUUCAUGCCGAAAACUUAACUAGUCGAGAAGAAACGAAGAAAGAAAAAACCCUUCAUCCUCUGGAUAUCGACGCGUACUGGUUACAAAGAUGUUUGUCCAGACAUUUCGACGAUGCUAUGGUCACUCAAUCCAAAUCGAAAGACGUGCUGAAUAUUUUAAAAACUGCUGAAACAACUCACGAAUGUGAAACCGAUCUCGUAAAUUUGCUCGGUCCCGAAUGCUUCGAUUUUAUCAAAAUCUUGAAGAAACAUCGUCAAAUGAUUUUAUAUUGUACUCUCCUGGCAUCCUCUCAAAGUGAAGACGAACGUCAGAAAAUCCGAGAGAAGAUGCGUUCAGACGAAUCAUUGGCUCGUAUUCUACGACAGCUGGAUCAAGAAGAUGACGAAGAGCAGAAUUUCAGUUCGAGAACUACUCGACGUAGCGAACAAUUGCAAGAAAGCUCCGAAUCUGUCGAUGGCCAAAUCGCCGGUCAUCGUAAGACAUUAGAUUUGGAUGAUUUGGUAUUUCAGGACGGAUCUCAUUUCAUGUCCAAUAAACGAUGCCAGCUGCCUGAUGGGUCUUUCCGUAAACAAAGAAAAGGUUACGAAGAAGUUCACGUACCUGCUUUGAAACCGAAAGCUUUUGAAGCUAACGAAAAACUCGUACAGAUUGAGAAAUUACCCCCUUAUGUACAGCCAGCGUUUUCCGAUUUUAAGACGUUGAAUCGUAUUCAAAGCCAACUUCAUAAAUCUGCCCUAGAGUCAGAUGAAAAUCUGUUACUUUGCGCUCCUACCGGUGCUGGUAAAACCAACGUGGCGUUGUUGUGUAUGAUGCGAGAGAUUGGUAAACAUAUUAAUAGCGAUGGAACCAUUAACGCUGAUGAAUUUAAAAUUAUCUACGUCGCUCCUAUGAGGUCACUUGUACAGGAAAUGGUUGGAAAUUUCUCCAAACGAUUAAGUUCGUAUAAUCUAACCGUGUCUGAACUUACCGGAGAUCAUCAGUUGACCAGAGAGCAAAUUCAUGCCACUCAGGUGAUCGUGUGUACUCCUGAGAAAUGGGAUAUUAUUACAAGAAAAGGUGGCGAGAAGACUUUCACUCAGUUAGUUCGUCUUAUGAUUAUCGAUGAAAUUCAUUUGUUGCACGACGAACGUGGUCCAGUUCUAGAAGCAUUGAUUGCCAGAACUAUGAGAAAUAUCGAAGCAACAAGAGAUAACGUGAGAAUCGUUGGUCUCAGUGCCACUUUACCGAAUUACAAAGACGUCGCUAGAUUUUUACGUAUCAAGCUGGCUACAGGAUUAUUUUAUUUCGACAAUAGUUACCGUCCGGUCGCUCUAGAACAACAGUACAUCGGUAUCACCGAGAAAAAGGCGUUGAAAAGGUUCCAAGUUAUGAACGAAAUUGUCUACGAGAAAGUAAUGGAACACGCUGGUCGUAAUCAAGUUCUCGUAUUCGUUCAUUCGCGUAAAGAAACCGGUAAAACUGCCCGAGUUAUUAGAGAUAUGUGUCUGGAAAAAGAUACAUUGGGCAAUUUCCUCAGAGAAGGAUCCGCUUCGAUGGAAAUUCUUCGAACUGAAGCUGAGCAAGUCAAAAAUCAAGAACUGAAAGAUUUGUUACCGUAUGGCUUCGCUAUCCAUCAUGCCGGAAUGACUCGAGUUGACAGAACCCUAGUCGAGGAUUUGUUCGCCGAUAGACAUAUCCAAGUUUUGGUUUCAACUGCUACGUUAGCUUGGGGUGUGAAUUUACCGGCUCAUACCGUUAUUAUCAAAGGUACCCAGGUUUACAAUCCGGAAAAAGGCAGAUGGGUCGAAUUGGGAGCUUUGGAUGUGCUACAAAUGUUGGGACGUGCUGGUCGACCUCAGUACGAUACCAAAGGAGAAGGUAUCUUAAUCACGAAUCAUAGCGAGUUGCAAUACUAUUUAUCCUUACUGAAUCAGCAGCUCCCUAUCGAAUCGCAAUUGGUCUCCAAAUUACCAGACUUGUUGAAUGCCGAAUUAGUUCUGGGCACUAUUCAGAAUGUUCGAGAUGCUGUGGAUUGGAUGAAGUACACGUAUUUCUAUAUAAGAUUGAAGAAAGCUUCUCCUUUAUAUGGUCUCUCCGAAGAUAAAGCUAACGACGAACGUGAAGUUGAACAACAUUUAGCUGAUCUCAUCCAUACAGCUGCUUUCAUCUUAGAAAAGUCCAAUUUAAUCAAAUACGACAGAAAAUCUGGUCUAUUACAGAGCACCGAACUUGGUAGAAUUGCUAGUCAUUAUUAUUGUACCCACGAAAGUAUGUCGACGUAUGAUCAACUGCUUAAACCGACUUUGAGCCGAAUUGAGUUGUUCAGGGUAUUCUCGUUGUCUUCUGAGUUCAAAAAUAUUACCGUUAGAGAAGAAGAGAAGCUCGAAUUGCAGAAAUUGAUGGAAAGGGUGCCAAUACCCAUUAAGGAAAGUAUCGAAGAACCUAGUGCCAAAGUUAACGUAUUGUUGCAAGCGUAUAUUUCUCAGCUGAAAUUGGAAGGAUUUGCUCUGAUGGCCGAUAUGUUGCACGUGACUCAGUCUGCCGCACGUCUGAUGAGAGCUAUUUUUGAAAUAGUACUUCACCGUGGCUGGGCCCAGUUGGCAGAUAAAACUCUUUCUCUGUGCAAAAUGAUCGACCGAAGAAUGUGGCCAUCGAUGUCACCUCUGCGACAAUUUCGUAAAAUACCCGAAGAAAUCAUCAAGAAAAUCGAAAAGAAAAGCUUCCCUUGGGAAAGAUUAUACGAUCUGGGACCAAACGAAAUCGGCGAAUUGAUUCGUGUUCCUAAAUUAGGCAAAACUAUCCACAAAUACGUCCAUCAGUUCCCUAAGCUGGAACUUUCCACUCAUAUUCAACCUAUCACGAGGUCCACGUUGAGAGUCGAAUUGACCAUUACGCCAGAUUUCCAGUGGGAUGACAAAUUACACGGUGCUUCGGAAGCGUUCUGGGUUUUGGUCGAAGAUGUCGGCUCCGAGGUGAUCUUACAUAACGAGUUUUUCCUUCUGAAAGCAAAGUUCUCGGGUGAUGAACAUAUGCUCAAGUUCUUCGUACCCGUUUACGAGCCUUUAUCGCCGCAUUACUUCUUGAGAGUCGUCUCUGAUCGUUGGAUAGGUUCAGAAACCGAGUUACCUGUCAGUUUUAAGCAUCUCAUUUUACCCGAAAAGAACUUGCCUCCUACCGAGUUAUUGGAUUUGCAACCUUUACCGAUUACGGCUUUGAGAAACAGCUCAUUCGAGAGUUUAUACACGAGUGAAAAUUUCACCCAGUUCAAGCAAUUCAAUCCUAUACAAACUCAGGUUUUCAACGCUGUGUACAAUACGGACGAUAAUGUGUUCGUAGGAGCUCCUACUGGAUCAGGUAAAACAACGAUCGCCGAGUUUGCUAUCAUGAGGAUGCUGUCUCAAAAUAGCGAAGGCAGAUGCGUUUAUUUGGUACCGAAAGAACCUUUGGCUGAAAUCGUUUACGCAGAUUGGUCCAAUAAGUUCCCCAAAGUUGUUUCCCUGACCGGGGAAACCGGAGCUGAUUUGAAGUUGCUGGCGAAAGGUCAAAUCAUCAUUACAACCGCAGAAAAAUGGGACGUACUGUCACGCAGAUGGAAACAACGUAAAAACGUCACCAAUAUUCAACUGUUUAUCGCCGAUGAAUUACAGUUGGUAGGAGGCGAAGACGGGCCUGUUUUGGAAGUCGUAUGUUCUCGUAUGAGAUACAUUUCGGAACAAAUCGAUAAAGCUAUCCGUAUCAUCGGAUUGUCAGCUUCGUUAGCCGAUGCUCGAGAUGUGGCUCAGUGGCUCGGUUGCAACGCCAAUGCAACUUUCAAUUUCCAUCCUAGCGUUAGACCGGUUCCUUUGGAAUUGCAUGUUCAAGGUUUUAACAUAACUCACAACUUGACUCGGAUCAUUGCGAUGGGCAAACCUGUCUAUAAUGCGAUUUCUCGAUACAGUCCGGAUAAACCAGUCGUAGUAUUCGUUCCUACUCGCAAACAAGCCAAAUUAACCGCCAUCGAUAUCCUCAGCUUUGCUGCAUCAGACAAGAAAGCUGAUAGAUUUGCUUUCAGUUACGAAGAUGAUAUGAAAAAAUUAUUGGAAGAUUUAUGGAACAAACUCGAAGAUAAGACUUUGAAGGAAAUCGUACCCCAAGGUGUUGCGUACCUGCACGAAGGACUUACAGCCAACGACAGAAGCACCGUCGAAUUAUUAUUCAACAGCGGAGCUAUUCAAGUAGCUGUAGCGGCCAAAAACUUGUGCUGGUCUUUGAAUAUUUUUUCGCAUCUUGUAAUCAUAAUGGAUACCCAAUACUACGACGGAAAAAUACACUCGUACGAAGAUUACCCUAUCACCGAUGUCCUUCAAAUGAUCGGCCGAGCCAAUCGUCCUCUAGAAGACAGCGACUCGAAAUGCGUCCUCAUGUGUCAAACGUCGAAAAAAGAUUUCUUCAAGAAAUUCCUCAACGAAGCUCUGCCCGUGGAGAGUCACUUGGAUCACAGACUCCACGAUCAUUUUAACGCCGAAAUCGUCACGAAAACUAUUGAAAACAAACAAGACGCCGUAGAUUAUCUAACGUGGACACUGCUGUACAGAAGGCUAACCCAGAAUCCGAAUUAUUACAAUUUACAAGGUGUUACUCAUCGACAUUUGUCGGAUCAUUUGUCCGAUUUGGUGGAAAAUACGUUAACCGAUUUGCAACAGUCGAAGUGUAUCAGUAUCGAAGACGAAAUAGACUGUUUACCUUUGAAUUUGGGAAUGAUCGCGGCCUACUAUUAUAUCAACUACACUACCAUUGAAUUAUUCUCGUUAUCGCUGAACAGCAAGACUAAAAUACGAGGAUUAUUAGAAAUCAUCGGCAGCGCUGCCGAAUACGAAGUUGUACCGGUGCGUCGUAAAGAAGACGAGUUGCUUCGUACGUUGGCUCAACGAUUACCAAAUAAAUUACUCGCUGCUGGCCAAGGAAUCAAGUACAAUGAUCCGCACGUCAAAACGAAUCUUCUGCUGCAAGCUCAUCUGUCCAGAAUACAGCUCGGAGCUGAAUUACAGCAGGAUACCGAAAUGAUAUUGAGCAAGGCUAUCAGAUUGAUCCAAGCUUGCGUCGAUGUACUCAGCUCGAACGGUUGGUUAUCGCCUGCGGUAGCUGCUAUGGAAUUGGCACAAAUGGUCACCCAAGCCAUGUGGAGUAAAGAGUCGUAUUUGAAACAAUUACCAUAUUUCACUCCUGAAAUAAUCAAACGAUGCAACGAUAAGGGCGUAGAAACCGUGUUCGAUAUAAUGGAAUUGGAAGAUCGCGAUCGUAACAAAUUGCUUCAGCUGAACGACGCUCAAAUGGCCGAAGUUGCCCGAUUUUGUAAUCGUUACCCGAAUAUCGAGCUGCAUUACGAAAUCGAGAAUAAAGAUCGUAUUUCGCCCGGCUCAACUGUACACGUCGUGGUGAACUUGGAAAGAGAAGACGAAGUCACCGGGCCUGUUAUCGCUCCUUAUUUCCCGCAGAAACGAGAAGAAGGAUGGUGGGUUGUUAUUGGCGACCCCAAGACGAAUUCGUUACUUUCUAUUAAACGACAAACGCUGCAUCAGAAAGCUGCAGUCAAGCUGGAUUUCGUCGCUCCCAAUCCUGGCGAAUAUUCGUAUACGUUGUACUUCAUGAGUGAUUCGUAUUUGGGUUGCGACCAAGAGUAUAAAUUCGAUAUCUCUGUUUCGGAGUACCGUUCCGGUAGCGAAGACUCUGACUAAACACUUCCCUAUUUUAUUUGAAUUGAUUUAUACUACUGUGGAUCGAAGUCGUCGCUCGUCGCCGAAGGAGAUCCUUGAAGUUAUUCGCGAGUCCAGGUUCGACUUUUUGGUAUUGAUUUUCGUGUGUGAUUCGUCUCAACACGAGGAUUGUUCGUGUCGCUCGAAAUGCAAUAUUACGUAUCCAGAUGAAUAUCCAUUGUACUUGCAACUUCCUCGUAGGAUUUUUUUUGACUGUGUUAUGAUUAUUGAAAUGACGUGAGCGACGAACGUAGAGCUGAAACGGUCUUAUUUUGAAUUAAGGGUUUUUCUCGUUGGGUUCAGGGUACUGUUUUGCGACGUUCGGCCUUAAUAAUCCCAAGACCCUCCAUUCCUUAUCGGCCAGAUCUUAACUCAUAAUUAAAAUGAAAUUUAUAUAUUUUUUCAAUUAAAAUUUUAUUUAAAAUUUUAAAAUUUAUUCUUAUUAAAAUUAAAUUAUUACAAAAUUAAAACCCAAAAAAUGAAUUUUAAGUAUCUACUAUUUUUAGGGAAAACCUCCUUUGGUUUCCCAAGUACAUGACGUUGGAAGUAAACGUGAAAAUUGAAAGGUCUAUUACAAAUUUGACUAGUGCAUUUACAUCGCAAAAACCAAGGUGAUGAGUGUUUUAAAAUUUUGAAUAAAAAAAAUUACUUAUUUUUAAAAGUGAUUGGAUUUCGGUAUAACAAACGAUUUUAUUUGUGAUUUUUGUGGGGAUUUACUAAACGUACCUCUAAUGUAACGAAAACCUAAUUUAUUAAUAAUCAAAAAUGAAAACUAAAAACAAAAACGAAAUCAUUUCGUUUUUACAACCCUGUUUUAUUCUACGUUAACGAGAACAUAUCUCAGCAUAUACAAUAUACAAUAUACAUACCUAGUUGAGAGUGUUUUGAUUGCGAGUUUGAUGAACUCAAAGUUUGUUCAUUUUCAGUUACAUACAUUCAAAUCCUAUACUCAAUUUGAAAUAGAUAACAAAAAUCUAGUGUAUUUUCCAGCACUUUGUGGUAUAGGUUUUGAUUGUAGGAAUUACAGAAGGGGAUUUUUAAUGAGAUUUGACAUGUAGGAAUAGGAUAGGUAACAAAAAUAGUAUACUCAUGGGAAUUUCAGGGAAGUAGGAUCGUUACAGGAAUUAAAAUAGGAUCCUACCUAACCACAUAAUAUUAAUUUAUCAAAAAGAACUCGUUUCUCAUUAUCGAAAAUCUGGGGAAUAUUUACAGAGAUAGGUAUCAACCUAUCUAAUCGAAAGAAUAAAGAUUUGGGAAUUGGGAAUAUAUCCCUUUUUGAGAAGUUACAAAAUUCUAAAUGAUAACAAAAAGAAACACUAAUUAUUAAAUUAAGAUGGUACCUAGGUAAUUAAAUAUUUUAAAUCAUUCGA